AUGUUUAGUGUGCCCCGCAGCAUAGCUGACGAUGGAAACUCAGAAUUCCAAGAAGCAGCUUUGUAUAUCAAGCAUGCAGAGGACAACCGGCAAUCACAUCGUGGUCUGUUAGAAAGGCGUGUCCGUAUGGUCUUAGUUUGCCUAGACGAGCCCAUACCUGGGGAUAUUCAUCCAUCAACCGUGAGAAAAUUGGACAAUUUUUUAGAGAUUGAAUGGGCAAAUGACGGCCAUACCAGUACCUAUAGCUACUCCUGGUUAUCAGAACAUCAUCUCAAGCAGAGGGGAAAAUCAGACAUUGUUAGAUUCGGGUAUUCAAGACCCUCCUACAACCUUUGCUCUUACAAAUUCCUGAUUAUUAACAUUGGUGCCAGGGCUGAGAAACAAUCUGUUUCGAAUGAUCCUAAUACAUACCCCACUGUCUUGUACGACGAGGUCAUGCUAUCAGAUGAUGGCGUUCGAAAAUGGACAGAUCAAAUUUACCGGUGGGGCUUUUCCUUUGUCAAGGGAUGCCCGGCAACCCCUGAAGCUACGGAGAAGCUCCUGGAACGAAUAGCAUUCAUCAGACCUACACACUAUGGUGGAUUUUGGGACUUCACAUCCGAUCUUUCUCUGAAGGACAUGGCCUACACAACAGAAGGUCUUGGCGGCCAUACCGAUACCACGUAUUUUACCGAUCCGGCAGGCCUUCAGAUGUUCCAUAUGCUUUCCCAUACAAACGGCUCUGGUGGAGAAUCACUGCUCGUCGAUGGCUUUGAGGCUGCUAAGACCCUCUACAAUGAGGACCCAGAGGCUUAUGAGGUUCUGAAAGAAUUUGGCGUCGAUGGGCAUGCUAGUGGCAAUGAACAUUAUUCGACAACUGGAGAAUGCUCCAUGGUCGGGCUCCAUUUUCGGGAAAGCGGAGGAUAUGUGGUGGCUACGUGA